AUGGUACACGUUCGAGCUGUAGUGGCCGCUCUCUCCUCCCUCGCCAUUGCAACCGCCCAACGGACCCCCAAGAUAGUUCCAACAGACCUCCAAUCUGGCUUUGAAUCCAACACCCAGAUCCAAGUCUCCUAUACCGACAACGCCGUAAACGGCUUCCUUGACGGCACACUCUUUGAAAAAGAUGCCGUAUCCGAAGAACCCACCUUCGCCCUCGGUGACAGCAGCGGCAUAUCCCCCACAACCCUCUAUACCAUCCUGAUGCUCGACACAACCUGUCCACAAACGCGAACCCUGCACUACGCCCGUACAAACUUCAAAAACAACUUCAAAAUUACAAACAUCAACAGCUCCUCUCCGCCCCUACUCGCCUACCAGCCACCGGGUGCCUUUGGCGAAACAGGCGACAACAGGCAGUAUUCCUUUCUCAUGUAUACGAACCCCGGCCGGAGGGAGAUCGAGACGUUGGUGUUGCCUGGGGAAGGCGAGCCGUUCAAUGUGAGGCGGUUUCAGGAAGAGAACGGGCUCGAGGAUGCGAGUGCCGGGGUGGGCAUGGUCGUAAAGCUGGGCGGACAGGCGAGUUGUGGGGAGGGACAGGCGCCAAAUACGCUGCCUGCUUCUUUGGCGGCGCCUAGGCCAGGGCCGUCGAGCACGCUGGCGGGAGCGGGUACGGGUGUUGGGGGGAGUAGUGCGGUCGAGACGGGGUCGUCGAGCGGGCCGAGUACGUUGCCGCCUGGUGAUGCGACGACGCCAACGCCGUCGAGAAAUGCUACAAGUGCGGUGCAGUCUGAUGCUGGUGGUCCCUCGGCCAUCAUGUCCACGGCUGAUCUGGCGAAUGUAAACCCUGGUGCGACGGGAUCUCCUACCUCGAGUGCUGGGUUGGCCGAGCAGACGGCGAAUGCUGGCCCGAGGAUACUUGCUCAGAGCACCUGGGUACUGGUUCCCCUCCUGGUUCUGGUGUUGUGA